AUGAUCGUACUCGCAUCCAGCUCUGGAAGCCGGUUGGAUUUCGUGUCUCAGUCCAGGGUGUUUUUCUUGCAAACCUUCAUUUGGAUUUUAUGUGCUACAGUGUGCAAAGCGGAGCAGUAUUUCAACGUGGAGGUAUGGUUACAAAAGUAUGGCUACCUUCCACCAAGUGACCCUCGAAUGUCGGUGUUGCGCUCUGCUGAAACCAUGCAAUCAGCUAUAGCUGCCAUGCAGCAGUUCUAUGGCAUUAAUAUGACAGGAAAAGUGGACAGGAACACAAUUGACUGGAUGAAGAAACCUCGAUGUGGUGUGCCUGACCAAACAAGAGGUAGCUCCAAGUUUAACAUUCGUCGGAAACGCUACGCAUUAACAGGACAGAAAUGGCAGCACAAACAUAUCACUUACAGCAUAAAGAACGUCACUCCAAAAGUAGGUGAUGCUGAAACUCGUAAAGCCAUUCGCCGUGCCUUCGAUGUGUGGCAGAAUGUAACCCCUCUAACAUUUGAAGAAGUUCCUUAUAUUGAAUUAGAAAAUGGCAAGAGAGACGUGGAUAUUACUAUUAUUUUUGCAUCAGGUUUUCAUGGGGACAGUUCUCCCUUUGAUGGGGAGGGAGGAUUUUUAGCUCAUGCUUAUUUUCCUGGUCCUGGAAUUGGGGGAGACACUCAUUUUGACUCAGAUGAGCCAUGGACUUUGGGAAAUCCCAAUCAUGAUGGAAACGAUCUCUUUCUAGUUGCAGUGCAUGAGCUUGGACAUGCUCUGGGCUUGGAGCACUCUAAUGACCCCACUGCAAUCAUGGCUCCAUUUUACCAAUAUAUGGAAACUGACAACUUCAAACUACCUAAUGACGAUUUACAGGGCAUCCAGAAGAUAUACGGUCCACCUGACAGGAUACCACCACCAACCAGACCUCUGCCAACAGUGCCCCCACAUCGUUCAGUCCCUCCAGCAGACCCCCGAAAGAAUGACAGACAACCUAAACCUCCCCGGCCACCCACUGGUGACAAACCUUCCUAUCCUGGAGCCAAGCCUAACAUCUGUGAUGGGAACUUCAACACUCUGGCUAUUCUUCGCCGGGAAAUGUUUGUUUUUAAGGAUCAGUGGUUUUGGCGAGUCAGAAACAACAGGGUGAUGGAUGGAUACCCCAUGCAGAUUACUUACUUCUGGAGGGGACUGCCUCCCAGCAUUGAUGCAGUUUAUGAAAACAGUGAGGGGAAUUUUGUCUUCUUUAAAGGUAACAAGUUCUGGGUUUUCAAGGACACUACUCUCCAGCCAGGUUAUCCUCAUGAUUUGAUAACACUUGGCAGUGGAAUUCCUUCCCAUGGCAUUGAUUCAGCAAUUUGGUGGGAAGAUGUUGGAAAAACCUACUUCUUCAAAGGAGAUAGGUACUGGAGAUACAGUGAAGAAAUGAGAUCCAUGGACCCUGGUUAUCCCAAACCAAUCACAAUUUGGAAAGGUAUCCCAGAAUCUCCUCAGGGAGCCUUUGUCCACAAAGAAAAUGGCUUCACAUAUUUCUACAAAGGAAAAGAGUACUGGAAAUUCAAUAACCAGAUGCUCAGGGUGGAACCUGGCUAUCCCAGAUCCAUCCUCAAGGAUUUUAUGGGUUGUGACGGACCAACAGAUCGAGAUAAAGACCGACACAGCCCUCAAGAUGAUGUUGACAUUGUCAUCAAACUGGACAACACAGCCAGCACUGUGAAAGCCAUAGCCAUCGUCAUUCCCUGCAUCCUGGCCUUGUGCCUCCUUGUCUUGGUUUACACUGUGUUCCAGUUCAAAAGGAAAGGAACACCCCGCCACAUACUGUACUGCAAACGCUCUAUGCAAGAGUGGGUGUGA